GACGUCCGUGUUCCUGGUCGCCUGCUGCAGCGCCUGGUGCCUGGGAAGAGCCGGUGGUGAGGGGACGCGCUCGCGGCUGCCCUGCUUCAGAGGCUUGACGUUUGUUGGAGGGCGGGGACGGCUGGCGAGAAGAAUCCGCUGCAGCCGGUUCUCUGCGACUCCUGCUGACCUCCGCGCGACGUGCCCGCCGCCGCUGUUGGUUGGAGAUUUUGACAUUGUGCAGCAAAGAAAUGGUUAUGGAGAAGCCCAGUCCGCUGCUUGUAGGGCGGGAGUUUGUGAGGCAAUAUUAUACUUUGCUGAAUAAAGCUCCAGAAUAUUUACACAGGUUUUAUGGCAGGAAUUCUUCCUAUGUUCAUGGUGGAGUAGAUGCUAGUGGAAAGCCCCAGGAGGCUGUUUAUGGCCAAAAUGAUAUACACCACAAAGUAUUAUCUCUGAACUUCAGUGAAUGUCAUACUAAAAUUCGUCAUGUGGAUGCUCAUGCGACCUUGAGUGAUGGAGUAGUUGUCCAGGUCAUGGGUUUGCUGUCUAACAGUGGACAGCCAGAGAGGAAGUUUAUGCAAACCUUUGUUCUGGCUCCUGAAGGAUCUGUUCCAAAUAAGUUUUACGUUCACAAUGAUAUGUUUCGUUAUGAGGAUGAAGUAUUUGGUGAUUCUGAACCAGAACUUGAUGAAGAAUCAGAAGAUGAAGUGGAAGAGGAACAAGAAGAAAGGCAACCAUCUCCUGAACCUGUACAAGAAAAUCCUAACAGUGGAUACUAUGAAGCUCACCCUGUGACUAAUGGUAUAGAGGAGCCUUUGGAAGAAUCGUCUCAUGAACCUGAACCUGAGCCAGAAUCUGAAACAAAGACUGAAGAGCUGAAGCCGCCAGUGGAAGAGAAGAACUUAGAAGAAUUAGAGGAGAAGUCUACUUCUCCUCCUCCUGCCGAACCUGUUUCUCUGCCACAAGAACCACCGAAGCCAAGAGUUGAAGCUAAACCAGAAGUUCAGUCUCAGCCACCUCGUGUGCGUGAACAACGACCUAGAGAACGACCUGGUUUUCCUCCUAGAGGACCAAGACCAGGCAGAGGAGAUAUAGAACAGAAUGAAUCUGACAACCGUAGAAUAAUUCGCUAUCCAGACAGUCAUCAACUUUUUGUUGGUAACUUGCCACAUGAUAUUGAUGAAAAUGAACUGAAAGAGUUCUUCAUGAGUUUUGGGAACGUUGUGGAACUUCGCAUCAAUACCAAGGGUGUUGGCGGAAAGCUUCCAAAUUUUGGUUUUGUGGUUUUUGAUGACUCUGAACCAGUUCAAAGAAUCUUAAUUGCAAAACCCAUCAUGUUUCGAGGGGAAGUGCGUUUAAAUGUGGAAGAGAAAAAAACAAGAGCUGCAAGAGAGCGAGAAACCAGAGGUGGUGGUGAUGAGCGCAGGGAUAUUAGGCGCAAUGAUCGAGGUCCUGGUGGUCCACGUGGAAUAGUGGGUGGUGGAAUGAUGCGAGACCGGGAUGGAAGAGGACCUCCUCCAAGAGGUGGCAUGGCACAGAAACUUGGCUCUGGAAGAGGAACUGGGCAGAUGGAAGGCCGCUUCACAGGACAGCGUCGCUGAAGCCCCACUGUUGGCAAAGUCUUGGCAGUGGUACAUUAUUCAUCGUGUUUGCAUUCUUGUUAAUUUUUUUUGGCUUUGGAAUGUGACACAGCCUUUUUGAUCAUUUCUUUGAUGUGAAAAGCAUCUUUUGGUUAUGAGUUAAAUUGAGGUGGACAUUAUUUCCCCAAUUUCACAACAGGAUUCACAUUGUUAAUUUAUAAAUCUAGACUUGGAGAAUUGAGGACUGAGGAAUAACCGUAUCUUAAACUAUCUACAACAAAAUGAACUUCUUAAAAGGACAUGCCCAACUGAAUUCGGGUCCUUUGAGUCAAAAAAAAAAAAUCCUCUGCUGCACAUUUUAAGUGUUACUGUUUCUGCCUAUUAAUGUUGGAAACACAAAUAGUGCAAUUGGAGAUUCUUGCCUUUUUUCUUGACUCCCCUCCCCCCCCAAAAUACAAACCAACAGAAACUUGUAUGUACUCAUCAAAAUGCACUAAUGGGUACUCUGAACUCAUUCAUAUUGAAAUCUUCAAAAGAAGGCAACAGGGGGAAAAAUCUUUUCAUCCUUUUUUCCAGUAGAGAAUAGUUUGUGAAAUGAUGAGGGCAUUUUAUCUGCUUGCUGUGACCAGCGUGUGUACACAUAAACCUUAACAAGACUACAAGUAUAUUCCAGAAGGAUAUCAUUUAGUUUGAACUAAAUAACAAAAAUCGGAACUUCAAAUGCUAUGUAUGUGGUCUUGAAUACUAGACCAGAUUUAGUAGCUCCAUAUCUAAGAUUUUUCUACCUGCCCCUCUUCAGUACAGGGAUGGCUGGCUGCUCAACACACUCCUCCUCCCCUUUUCCUUUCUUUAAGCUGUGUACAGUGACAAUUGUCUUUACUGUAUUUUUGUUCUCUGGUAAUGUAAUAAGCAUGAUGGUGCCUUCUAUUAAUACAUCAUUCCAGUCUUGCUGGUAAUUUUGUACAGUAUAGUGUGAAUUGCUGUGCUGCAAAGCCAAACAGCUGCAAAAUGUUGAAAAAUCAUUGAAGUGUAUAAAAAUUGCAGUAUCUUUAAAAUUAGUAAAA